CGGCUCGAGCCGGUUCCACCGUCACCGAUCCCCUCCCCGCUCUUCAUCGCCCCCCGCCGCCGCUGCCACCCCCGGGGGGGGCCCCGCCGCCUUCAUCCCCCCCCGCCUUUCCCCGCGCCCCCCGCCUCACCUUCCUCAGCGCUGCCGCCGCUCGCCCCUACGGGGCUCCGCCGCUCUCCGGGCGAGGCGACCCGCAGGGCGCGGGGGCAGGUGGCAUGAGCCCCCCCUCCCCCUCCCCGCCUCACACUUGGCGGGAUGCUGAGGAGGAGGAUGAAGACGGUGAUGAAGAAGAAGGAAUUAUCCCUGGCUAUGCUCGCCCUCUCGGAAAAGUGCGGAGCGUGCGGGCCGGGCUACCCCAGCCCUCUGGAGGCCAUGAAAGGGCCCCGGGAGCAGCUGCUCUACCUGCCCUGCGUCUACCGGAACACCGGGAUCGGCAUCCCCGACUUCCUGGCCACCGUGGAUGUGGAUCCCAAAUCCCCCCAGUACUGCCAGGUGAUCCAUCGCCUGCCCAUGCCCAACGUGGGGGACGAGCUGCACCACUCGGGCUGGAACGCCUGCAGCAGCUGCCACGGCGAUCCCAAAAAAUCCAGGAAUUUCCUGAUCCUUCCCAGCCUCAUCUCCUCCCGCAUCUACAUCGUGGACGUGGCCACCGAUCCCAGAGCUCCCAGACUCCACAAGGUGGUGCCGGCCGAGGCGCUGGCCCUCACGGCGGGCGCCGCUUUCCCGCACACUUCCCACUGCCUGGGCUCCGGGGAAAUCCUCAUCAGCUGCCUGGGGGAUCCCGAGGGCAACGGCAAAGGCACUUUCGUCCUCCUGGAUGGAGAAACGUUUGAAGUGAAAGGAAAUUGGGAACGAGGAGGAGCAAUCCCCAAUUUGGGAUACGAUUUCUGGUACCAGCCCCGGCACAACGUCCUGCUGAGCACCGAGUGGGCCGUCCCCAAAAUCCUGGAGCGGGGAUUCCAUCCCGGGGAUGUGGACAAAGGGCUCUACGGGCGCCACAUCAACGUGUGGGACUGGAGCGAGCGGCGCCUCCUGCAGCGGCUGGACCUGGGCGCGGGCUCGGUGCCGCUGGAAAUCCGCUUCCUGCACCGGCCCAGCGCCGCCCAGGGCUUCGUGGGCUGCGCCCUCAGCGGCCACGUCCAGCGCUUCCACAGGAACGCGGAAGGAAAAUGGGAAGCAGAGAAGGUGAUUGAGGUGCCCAACAAGAAAGUCCAGGGAUGGCUCCUCCCGGAAAUGCCAGGGCUGAUCACGGAUAUCCUGAUUUCCCUGGACGACAGAUUCCUGUAUUUCAGCAACUGGCUCCACGGGGACGUGCGGCAGUACGACAUCUCCGAUCCCAAAAAUCCCAAACUGGUGGGGCAGGUUUUUCUGGGAGGCAGCAUCUCCAAAGGGGGAGCUGUGACCGUGCUGGAAGAUCAGGAAUUGCAGGAUCAGCCGGAGCCCUGCGUGAUCCAGGGGAAGCGGAUCCAGGGGGGGCCGCAGAUGCUGCAGCUGAGCCUGGACGGGCGGCGCCUCUACGUCAGCACCUCGCUCUUCAGCGCCUGGGACCGGCAGUUCUACCCCGACAUGGUGGCGGAGGGCUCGGUGCUGCUGCAGCUGGACGUGGACACGGAGCGGGGCGGCCUGGCCCCGAAUCCCAAAUUCCUGCUGGAUUUCGGGAAGGAGCCGGGCGGGCCCUGCCUGGCGCACGAGGUGCGCUACCCGGGGGGGGACUGCACCUCCGACAUCUGGCUCUGAAAACCGGGAAUUCCGGGAAUUCCGGGAAUGACUGGGAAUGAUUGGGAAUGGGGAACUGCACCUCCGACAUCUGGCUCUGAAAACCGGGAAUUCCGGGAAUUCCGGGAAUGAUUGGGAAUGAUUGGGAAUGAUUGGGAAUGGGGAACUGCACCUCCGACAUCUGGCUCUGAAAACCGGGAAUUCCGGGAAUUCCGGGAAUGAUUGGGAAUGAUUGG